CUGGAGUCAUUGGGUAUCCGAUCGGAAGACUUAAUCGACUUCAGCGCCAGCAUAAAUCCACUGGGACCAUCGACGGAAGCCUUGGAGGCCGCGAGUAAUGUGAACUUAGCGGCGUAUCCGGAUCCGGAAUGCCACUUGCUCAGGGAGGCCCUAGGUGAAGCAUUAGAUCUCGAUCCUGGUUGCAUUCUGCCGGGAAACGGUUCGACUGAACUGAUUCACCUCUUGGCCAGAGCAUUUCUGGGUCCAGACGAUCAUGCCGUUAUUUUCUCACCGACCUUUGGCGAGUACGUGGCAGCUUGCCGCACCGAGGGCGUGGAACCAGUAGCACUGACGCCUUCCCAGCACGAAAUGUCUUCCGGAACUUUCUGGUGGGACUUGCCCGAAUCUGUUGACCGUAUUUCUGAGCUUACUCCGGCCGUGGUGUUUUUGUGCAACCCCAACAAUCCCACCGGGGUCUAUUUGAACGAAGCGGAAAUACGAACUGUCGCGGAGGCACUGAAGGGCGUAGGUAUUCUGGUGCUGGAUGAGGCCUACGCUUCAUUCGUAGAAGACGGGUGGAACUCGACGCAUCUCAUCUCUCUAGGGAAUGUUGUACUGCUGCGGUCGAUGACCAAAGACUACGCGUUGACCGGACUCAGGCUGGGCUACAUGCUGGCAACGGAGGAGAUAACCGGCCGGGUCCGGCGCUUUCAAUACAGUUGGAGUGUAAACUCGCCCGUUCAGGCCGCGGGGAUUGCUGCAAUAGCUGAUAGCGAACACUUGGCGAAAGGCCGACAUACUGUGGCCCAGGGAAAGAGGUUUCUCACAGAGACGGCGCACUCGUUGGGCGUUGAAUACACGGCGGGUGCUGCCAACUUUAUGCUGCUGAAAGUGGGAUGCGCUCGGGAGAUUCGGCGCUCGCUGCUGACAGAGCACCGCAUAUGUGUCAGGGACUGUACGUCAUUCGGUCUGCCGGAAUAUGUCAGGUUGGGAAUCAGGACCAUGGACGACAAUCGGAUGCUGGCAAGGGCCCUUGAGCUGGUCCUGGCCGGGAGCAGCGUCAUUGCUUAA